AUGUUGCUAGUAUCUGAUGUGGCGGCAGGGAAGCUUCACGAGCUCGAUCAGCUGCUCGACAAUGCAAGGGGAAUCGAUUACAACUGGGAUAUAUAUGGCAGCAACGCAAAGUUGCGCAUGAAUUCUCGAUGCAGCCCUUCUAUUCUCAAGACUCAAGGUGUCGAUCCCUUAUCUGAACAUCAGACCGGUCAAUUUUUGCGUUAUGUCGCCCUUCAUCCCAUCGAGAUAUGCAUCUUCCCGAGGCUCAGGCUCCUGUCGUUAUUGAUUGUCCCACAUCCAACAAGACACUUGCAUCUCUUUCUGACCCCCACGCUGGGUCGUUGUGUCCCACCGGAUGUUUAUUCGGAUCUUGUGACCCGUUGUGCUGCCUUGAAGGACUUAUCCACCAUCUAUUGUGGCCCAGCACAGGCUGACCAGCUUUUGCGUGCACUAUCACAGUGCAAGGCAUGUCAGGCCCUUGAAUAUGUCAAUAUCUUCACCGGUAAUCCAGUGGUCCAGGAGCGCUCAUGCAACUCAUUUAUGCCGAUCAGACAACCACGAAACCUACAGCCCGCUUCCCCCCAUUGCUACAGAAAUCUUAACAGCGAUCUUCUUUUCGAAGCCAUGUCAACUUGGCCGCACAUCCGCUCGUUGGAAUUGAUGAGCCCACUUGCAAACGCUGCGGAUAUUAUAUUUUUUGAUGCUGCGCACAUCGAUAUAACAGCCGAGUUAUUUUCAACACACCUCCCUACAAGCAUUGGAUCUGGACUCCAGUGA